AGUUGGAAGUAAAAUCAUUUUCCAGCAAAGAUGUUUAUUUUGUAAAUUGAGAGCUAAGUGUUACCGUACACACAGAAUUAGAGUGGCAACAUCUCUUGGCAUGUCAGUGGUAUACAAAGUGGAGAAAUUAUUUGGAGAACGGUUUUUUAAAACUUAGAUGUAUAUUUUACUUUGAAAAUAGUUUAAUUGAAAAAGAGUUGCUCACUAACACAGUACUUGAAAUAGCUUUUGUUUUUAAAAUACUUCAGUGUUGUGAACAUUGAGGAGAAUUGUUGCAGUGUGGAAUUUUUUUAACAACUGAGACAAAGCAACUUGGUAUGUAAAUAUAUGCAGUGAAAUUAGUACUUUGAAUAAGGGGUGGGAAACAUGUCACUUUGAAGAGCCAAGGAAUUUCGUUUUAAAAAAUAAAUAAAUUAAACUUGUUGUUUUUCUACAAAUUGUGCUCGUCGGGUUUCUAACUGUAUUGUGUCUUUAAGAAGCUAAAAAUUAUGCCUUUCUGUAUUUGGUGUCAGCCCUGGGAGCAAUUUCUGAAACAUCCUAUGUGUAAUCAUUGUACCAGAGGAGUGCUGAGGUGCUGCCUUAGGUAUACUGUGUUCUUGGUCAACUUGUAACAGUCUUUAAAUUGGUAUAAAAGGAAUUUGUGUUUUGUUCAUAUAUUUAAGGUUCUUGUUACCUGGACAUAGUACGCUGACGUUGCAGUGCUGGUAGAACAACUUUUAUCACAUGCUUGGAGAUCUGUGUGACAUGGCAAAUCUUCAGUGUUAAAAAAACUUUAAAGGACUAAGAGUUGUGGGUUUAAGAUUUGCUUAGUGAAGUAUUUUACAUUUUAGAUUCACUGCCUGUGUUGAAAGGAGCUUAUGUAUCAAAGUAGCUCUUUGCUCCUGAAACUUCUGAAAGAUUUUACUAAAAAUUUGUUGUAAAGGUUAAAAGAAAAGAUGAUGGAUAAAGGAGGGGAGAAAUGCACACAAAUACAAUUUGAUGUGUCACAUCAUGUACCAGGACUGCCACCUGCCAGCAAGUAUGUUUGCUUUAGCAGACUUCUUUUACUUUGGAGAGUACAAACAUGGGGUUUGGAGGGAUAACUUUUUUGGUCUCUUACCAAGGCCAAAUGGGCCUUGUUCAUCUUUGCAAGUUCGUUUUGAUGAACAUUUGGUGGGAUGUUACUCUCAAAUGUAGCUUGUUCCCUGCUGUAUCUGAGCCACCUUUCUGGAUAAAAGGUAUAUAGUCUGCAGUUUCUAUGAAAUAGGGGGUAUAGUCCCCUCGAUGUCUUUAUUUGCAUAGCAUUUACUUACAAAUCUUGCUCCAAAAAGAGAUGGGGAAGAUGUAUUGAAACAGACCUUUCUUGAAAAUAAAAAAGCACUUAAUGUCUACUAUCUAACAUGUGUAAAGUUUCUCAGAACUGACAGUAUCAGUCUCUGCUUGUUCCUUAACUUUCUAAUGUAUCAAAUUGUUCCUAGUAAACUAACAAUGCUCGGGUGGGAGUAUUUUUAUUGUAACUUUCUCUCUAGUUUUUCUCUUUAAUUUAUGAUAAAACUUAUGUUGGACCUUUCAUGUUUAAUAUUAAUUAAAAUAACUUCAGGUUUGUUCGUUCUGUUCUGUAAAAAGGUAUCUGAAGAAUUUUUACAAAUUUUAUCUUGGAAAUUAGCUUAUUCAUUAUGUUUAAUUUUAGGAAAUGGUGCUCUUGCAGAACAUUCUGAAAAUGUGCAUAUUUCAGGAGUGUCAACGGCUUGUGGAGAUAUUCCAGAACAAAUUCGAUCACCAAGCGGGACGAUCACAAGUCCAGGGUGGCCCUCUGAGUAUCCUGCCCGAAUUAACUGUAGCUGGUACAUCCAUGCGAACCCAGGGGAGAUCAUUACUAUAAGCUUUCAAGAUUUUGAUGUUCAGGGAUCUCGACGAUGCAGCUCAGAUUGGUUAACAAUUGGAAGCUACAAGAACAUUGAAGGCUACAGAGCAUGUGGCUCUUCCAUUCCCUCACCAUACAUCUCUUCACAGGAUCAUGUUUGGAUAAGGUUUCAUUCAGAUGAUAGCAUCUCCAGAAAAGGCUUCAGAUUAGCCUACUUUGCUGGGAAAUCUGAUGAGCCAAGUUGUGAUUGUGACCAGUUUCAUUGUGCUAAUGGGAAGUGUAUUCCAGAAAGUUGGAAAUGUAACAAUAUGGAUGAAUGUGGAGACAACUCGGAUGAAGAAAUCUGUGCCAAAGUUAAUCCUCCGACAGUUUCUUCCUUUCAGCCUUGUGCAAGCAAUCAGUUCCAGUGUCUUUCCCGCUUUACCAAGCUUUACACUUGCCUUCCAGAAUCUUUAAAAUGUGAUGGUAACAUUGAUUGUCUUGACCUGGGAGAUGAAAUAGACUGUGAUGUGCCAACAUGUGGGCAGUGGUUAAAAUACUUUUAUGGUACUUUCAGUUCUCCCAACUAUCCUGACUUCUAUCCACCUGGCAGCAACUGCACCUGGCUGAUAGACACUGGUGAUCAUCGCAAAGUAAUCUUGCGAUUCACCGAUUUUAAACUUGAUGGUACAGGUUAUGGAGACUAUGUGAAAAUAUAUGAUGGAUUAGAGGAGAAUCCACGGAGGCUGUUGCGUGUACUGACAGCAUUUGACUCUCAUGCUCCCCUCACAGUUGUUUCAUCCUCAGGACAGAUAAGAGUGCAUUUUUGUGCUGACAAAGUGAAUGCUGCAAGAGGGUUCAAUGCAACCUAUCAAGUUGAUGGCUUCUGUUUGCCCUGGGAAAUCCCAUGCGGUGGAAAUUGGGGGUGCUACACAGAGCAGCAGCGCUGCGAUGGCUACUGGCACUGUCCAAAUGGAAGGGAUGAAACCAACUGCACCAUGUGCCAAAGAGAUGAGUUUCCCUGCUCCCGAAAUGGUGUUUGCUACCCUCGUUCAGAUCGCUGCAACUACCAGAACCAUUGCCCUAAUGGUUCAGAUGAAAAGAAUUGUUUCUUCUGUCAGCCAGGCAAUUUUCACUGUAAAAACAACCGCUGUGUGUUUGAGAGCUGGGUUUGUGAUUCUCAAGAUGACUGUGGCGAUGGCAGUGACGAAGAGAAUUGCCCAGUCAUUGUGCCCACUAGAGUGAUAACUGCAGCUGUCAUUGGGAGUCUUAUUUGUGGAUUGCUGCUUGUCAUUGCACUGGGAUGUACUUGCAAAUUGUACUCACUCAGGAUGUUUGAGCGAAGAUCAUUUGAAACUCAUUUGUCAAGGGUUGAGGCUGAACUGUUAAGAAGAGAAGCUCCUCCAUCCUAUGGACAAUUAAUUGCCCAGGGUUUAAUUCCACCAGUUGAAGAUUUCCCUGUUUGUUCCCCAAAUCAGGCUUCAGUUCUUGAAAACCUGAGGCUGGCAGUACGAUCUCAGCUUGGAUUUACCUCAAUCAGACUUCCUAUUGCUGGCAGAUCAAGUAAUAUUUGGAAUCGAAUUUUUAAUUUUGCGAGGUCACGUCAUUCUGGAUCGUUGGCAUUGGUCUCAGCGGAUGGAGAUGAUGUUGCCAGCCAAAGUACUAGUAGAGAAGCUGAAAGAAAUAAUAGUCACAGAGGUUUGUUUUCAGUUGAAUCUGAUGAUACAGACACAGAGAAUGAAAGAAGAGACACAGCAGGAGCAGUUGGUGGUGUUGCUGCCACCUUGCCUCAAAAAGUCCCUCCUGCAACAGCAAUAGAAGCAGCAGUGGGAGCAUGUGGGAAUUCCUCUGCUCAGAGCAGCGGUUGCAGUGGCACGGAUGGUGGAAGAGAAGUGACGAGUGUAGAGCCCCCAAGCACAAGUCCCGCGCGCCACCAGCUCUCGAGCGCACUGAGCCGUAUGACUCAAGGCUUACGCUGGGUACGCUUCACUUUAGGGAGAUCAAGCUCAGUGAAUCAGAACCAAAGUCCUUUGAGACAGCUUGAUAAUGGGGUAAGUGGAAGAGAAGAGGAUGAUGAUGUUGAAAUGUUAAUUCCAGUCUCUGAUGUAGCAUCAGACUUUGACAUGAAUGACUGUUCAAGACCUCUACUUGAUCUCAGCUCAGAUCAAGGACCAGGGCUUAGACAGCCUUACAGUGCAACACAUCACAGUGUAAGGUCGUGCAGUCGAGAUGGCCCCUGUGAGAGCUGUGGCAUCGUACACACUGCCCAGAUACCCGACACUUGCUUAGAGGCAACAGUGAAAAAUGAAACUAGUGACGAUGAGGCAUUAUUACUCUGCUAGGUACGGAUUGUUUAGGAAAGAUUGUGUACAAGUUGGAGCAAUAUCUGUCAUUGUUUUGUACUUCACAGUUAAAAUUAGUUUUUAGUUUUAAAAAAUCCAGGACAACAUUAUGUUAAUGCUAUUUUAGCCUGUGUGGUUGAUUAAACUUGUUAUACUGGAUGACAUUAUGGAACUAUAAGAGUGAACAUUUUAAUGGCUCUGAAUACACAAUGUGUGUAUCCAGUAUAAUCGGAUUACUCUUUAAACUGAAGUUUUCCCCAUUAGUUUCAAAUUUAGUUUAUCCUGGUACUCUAGUUCAAACCUGAAACAUGGCUGCUCAAGACUUAUUGGCUGCCUGUUUAACCCCAUAUUAACAGGUGAAUUUGUACAGAAUUAUUUUCCUUUAGGAAUUGACUCUGUUGUAUUAUUGCCAACAUACUUGUAACUUAAUAUACUAAAUACUGGUAAGGAUUGUUAAUGUAAAAUAUGUACUUUUCUUUGAGUUUAUUCAACACUUUGUCUAAAUAUUCUUGAAAUUUCAUCAUAAUGUGAACUUCCUUAAAGGGAGGAGGAACGUUCUCCAGGAGCAUUGUUUUUCUUUCAGAAGUACAAAAUGCAAUGAUACAUGAAAUUUAGGCAUAAUAGAUAAACUGAUAAAGCUUUUUUAGCACUGACUUUCCUAAACUGCAAUCUACUAUGGUACAAGCCAAAUAGUAUGUAAAAUCCCCAGUCAUUAAUCUUUUUGAUUUGAAGUAAAAAAGGGCCGAAGAUAUUACAAUAUGUGUUAGUUCUUUAAACAUCCGAUAUGUACAAAUACACUACAGAAUAAGUUCCAACUGGUAAUAGAUCUUUCCCUAAUACUGUAGGGUUUAAAGCUUGUUUUGGACUCAAGGGAUUUGCACUAAAAUCAUAUUAAGGUCUCUAAUGAGCUUAGUGCACAAGCACUAUCACUUUAAGUACUAUUAUUGUCUAAUAUUGCAAUGGCUAUAUAUUUCCAUGGCUCUUUUCUUGGGGUGUUGCGUUUUUGUUGCAAUUGAAUUUGCUUUACUAAUUCCCUAUUUAUUCAUUGUAUUUAAAAACUGGUUUACUCAGUCACAGACUGGUUGUUUAAAAGAAACCAAAAGAAAACCCUUUUAGUGUAUUUUUUUUAUGAUAUUACAUGUUGGAGCAAAACAGAUCAGUGAGAAAAAAAGCUCAUAACUUCCAAUUUUGUGAUAAGCAGGUUAAUUUGUGGCUACUAGUGUGACAACAAGAAAUUACACCUUUUAAAAACAAAACUGUCAACUACUGUUUUAUUUAUUCUUUGCCAGUCUGUUUUUAGUAGGCUUAAAGAUCCAGUAUGAAAUGUAUUUGUGUGUGAUUGUAUGCUAUUUAUUAAAUUUUAAAUACUUUGUUGAAUGUCAUUUUAAAGCAUGUUUAAAGUCUUGUGCAUUUCUGUCGUGUUAUGCUGUCGGGCAGAACUGACUAAAAUUUUAAUAUGUAUCAAAAUUAAAUUGACUUUUUGUUAUGUUUUUGAGGUACUUUUAAAAAUAAAUCCAAGGUCUGUCUGGCUUUUUAUUUUUUUUAAAUACUCAUCUCUGAAGUACAAAUCACAUGCAGAAGAAACAAACAAUUGAAUGGAUUCCAAAGUGUAUAUAUCUUCUCCCUCUUCUCUUCAUUCACUGACACUGGGAUGAGAAAAAUAAAUAAUUUUACCAUCUGGUUGAUUUUUUUCAUGAGAGUUAGCAGGUAAAUUCUGAGUUCAGGAUGCAAAAAUGUAGAUUUGUGCUUUUGAGGAACCUUAUGUGCAAUACAGUUGUAAAAGAUUUUAUUAUAACCCAUGCGGUUUCAAGUUUCAGAACAGAUCACAUCACACUGGUACCAGAUCAGGUACAAGUUGGCCCAUAAUUACACAUACUCAAGUAAAAGUCAUCAAUGGCCAUUUUUAUUCACAUUGAAUAAUAUCUAAAUCUGUGGGUAAUCUUUAGUCUGAUUUCAGUAGCAUUGCUUAUAGAGCAGGCAGCUUUGCAAUAGGAACAUGGUAACACACCCUGAAGUAUAUGUGAACAGUAUGUCCUGGUAUAAAAUACUGGGUUUUUAAACCUUCCUAAUAAAUUGUCAUUAAAAAGUGGUUGUAGAAAUGCUUGUCCCUGAGGCAAAUAAAUUUUAAAGGAAGAGUCUUCACAGAAUACCUUCGGUGUUUAACACAUAUAAUGACCUAAAUUUGUUCCAUUAGAUGCCCCAAAUAGCAUGUACCUAUGGACUCCAUAUUGCAGAUGUAAAAAGAAUACGAUGUUUAAUUUGUUUUAAAGGACAAAUGCUACACAUUUAACUGAGAAGUUGGAUUUGAUUGAUGAUUUGGAAAAUUGUAAAUAAAAUUCAUAUUUGUAUGAGGUGAA